AUGGCAGCUACCUAUGUUUCUCUGAUGUUGAAGAAUGAGAUUCUUCAGGCCCAAGUGCAGUGGCUGAUGGAAGAAUAUGGUGUCCUACAAACCCAGAUCCCAGAACUCCAGAGCACUAAGCAGCCAAGGAGGAUGAAUUAUUACAGAAGCUCACAGAGUCCAGGAACAACCAUCCUGGGGAUCCCUGACAGCCCAAGAGACCCCAACUGCCCCAGGAACCCCAGGCACCCCCAAAUGAAACCCAAGAAUUUAGUGUCCUAUGAUCCUCCAAAUGCCCAGGAUUCCCAAGAGGCACCAAAAUUCCAGGAUUCCUUGACAUACCUGGAGCCUGAGCUUUCAGCACCCCAGGAGACAUUGGAUCCUUCAGGUGCCCAAGACGUCCUACAGUUUUCUGUACCCCAGGAGUCCCAGGAGGGCUUAAUAGCUGCUGAGACUUCAGUAGUUUCAGAGUUCCCACAGUUGCUCAGGAGGCUAGAGGCUAAAGUUUUCCUCCUAGAAUACUCUUUAGACUUCAUUGAGGAUGCUCAGAAGCUUCCUGAGUUCCUGGUUAAAUUGAACAUAAUGAGAGUCAGGGGGCACCUGUAUUCCACAGUACCUGCCCUGGUAAGUUUUGUUGGCAACCACUACUAGGGUGAGGCAGGACAGUGCUUUCAAUCUUUAGUCAUCCAAAUCCCCCUCCUGAAGUAAUUUGAAAGUUGCAUACAAGUGCUUCAGGAUACUUUUGACAAUACGGAAAACAUGGAAGAUGCCAGCCAUCACAUUUGUCAGCCCUACCAAGGGAAAGACUUCAUCUACCAUUAUGUGCCCCACUUCUACCUCACUGCUCAAAAGAAGAUAAACUUGUAUGAAAACAUUCUCCUCCAAUUUCAGGAAGUGCCUGACAGUGCUAUUCAACAUGAACUGUCUUGCGCAAAGCCAACCCACCAACCUAGGUGA